AUGUCACAACAACAACAACAACAACAACCAACCGUAUCACAAAUACAUCCACAAAAGACCAUUCGUGGUAUUGUACGUGGAGUCAACUCUGGUGAUUCACUCACCAUCCAAGAGGUUGACACCACCAGAGGUGAAUUGUUGACCAAGCAAGAGUAUCUCCUCUCCUCCAUCUCUGCUCCACGUUUGGGUAAACCUGCCAGAAACGAACAACCUGCUACUCAAGAUGAACCAUUUGCAUGGGAAAGUAGAGAACACUUGAGAAAGAGAUGUAUUGGUAAAAGAGUUAGUUUUGUGAUUGACUAUAGCGUUGCCAAUGGAAAGCCAUACAUCACAGCCUUCCUUGUCGAUGACGUUGAAAAUAGUAUUAAUAAUGAAAUGGUUACUAGUGGUUGGGCAACUCUCUACAAAUCAAAGAAACCAGAUCAAACUUUGGUUCAAUUGGAAAGUGAUGCAGUAUCAAAGGAACUUGGUGUACACAAUAAGAACCCAGCAGUUUUGGAAACUGCAGUUAGAAAUACUUUACCAGCUGAUAACCUUGAACUCUUUAACAAACUUAAAGGAAAGAAAUUAAAUGGUAUUGUUGAAAAUAUUAGCAAGGGAUUAACAACAUUCAAGGUGACAUUACCACAAUUACAUAAUACUUUGAAUGUGUAUAUUUCUGGUGUACAAGUCAGCAGAAAGGAGGGAGAGAACCCAGCACAUGUUGUUGAAGGUGAGCAACUCCUCAACAACAAUGUCUUGCACCGUGACGUUGUCUUGACAUUGGAUACUUUUGACAAGUCGAGCAACCUUAUCGGUUCGAUCAACUGUGCUGGCAAGGAUGUCGCCCAUGUGCUUUUGAGCAACGGUAUUGCAUCUUUGGUGCCAUGGAGUGCCGCCACCCGUUCUGCAGAGGACCAAGCCGCCCUCAAGGAGGCCGAGGCAUCUGCCAAGAAGCGUCGUGCUGGUGUCUGGGCCAACUACACGCCAUCGGCUGCCACGGCCUCUUUUGGAUCCGUUCAAGGUGGCAGCUCGGCCUCUUCAGCCUCUGGGUUCCAAGACGGUAGCUACCCCGAAGAGAUCUCGGGCAAGGUCACCGAGAUUGACAAUACCGCCCAAGUCACCAUCCAAGUCGCCUUGACCAAUGGCGGUCGUAGAGACUUUAAGGUGUCAAUGGCCAGUAUCCGUGUACCCGUCUUGUUAAAGUCGGCCGAAAAGGACCUCAAGGACAAGGACGCCAAGUUUGAGAGAUAUUGGGCUUUCGAAGCCAAGGAGUUUUUGAGAAAGAAGUUGGUCGGUCAAACAGUCACUGCCAAACUCGACUUUGUUCGUCCACAAAUCACUAAAACCGAUCAACCAAAUCUUCCAGAAAAACCAUUCUAUACUAUUUAUUUUGGUAAACUUAAUAUUUCAGUUGCAUUGGCAGAAGCUGGUUUAGCCAAGGUUAAUGAAUAUAAGGGUGCUGAUAACAGAGCCAUGGAUUAUGAAUCUUUGGUACUUGCUGAAUCAAAAGCAAAGAAUUCAAAUAAGGGACUUUUCUCAAGUAAGGAUUCAUGUCCAAAUUUAAAUAUUAAUGAUGUAUCUACAGAUGACUCUAAAUUAAAGGACAAGGCAACCAAGUUGCUUCCACAUCUCAAGAGUGCAACUUACAAUGCCGUGAUCGACUAUGUCUUUUCAGGCCAAAGAUACAAGGUCUACAUUCCAAAGGAAUGCAUUGUCAUUAACUUCUCGUUGGCACAUGUCCGUGCACCAAAGAGAGGCGAGAAUGCCGAGAACGACGAGCUCUCUAACCAAGCCCUCCUCUUUUCACGUGAGCUUUUGCACCAACGCGACGUGCAAGUGCAAAUCGACGACGUUGACAAGGGUGGCAACUUUUUGGGUGUAUUGUACUUGAACAACAAGAGUCACGCCAUCACAGUCGUAGAGAAUGGUUUUGCCACUGUCAACGACCCAUACGGAAGAUCUGCCGACAUCAAGGCAUUGGACGACGCCGAGAACCGUGCCAAAUCCAAGCGUCUCAACAUUUGGAAGAGCUACGAUCCAGAAGCCGAACGUCGUGCCCAAGAAGAAGCCGAGCGUCAAGAAGCCGACCGUCUCGCCAAAGAGCGUGCCGAGUCGCAAAAGGAAGUCACUGUCAGCUCGAUCCUCUCUGCCACCGAAGUCUACGUCAGAGAUGUGUCUGAUGCAUCGACCGAGCUCGAACAACUCCUCUCCAAGCUCGACAUUGAAGCUGGACACACCGAACCAGCUGGUGCUGCCCCCAAGGUUGGCGAGGUCGUCAACUGCAAGUACGAUGAUGGCAAGUGGUACCGUGCCAAGGUACUCGCCGUAUCCGACGCCAACAAGCUCACCGUCCAAUUUUACGAUUAUGGAAAUGUCUCCACUACCACUGUCGACAAGGUACGUCCAUUGUCUCACAAGUUUGCCUCAUUGUCCCCACUCUCCCGUGUCGUCCACCUCGCCUACGUCAAGGCCAACUCCAACGCCGCCGCCAACGAAGCCGCCAUCGAUUUCAUGGAAGAAGAGUUUUUGAGCUCCAUCAUGACUCUCCAAGUCCAAUACAAGGAAGACAGUGGCAAGACUACCGUCGUUCUCCAAGACAGCCAAGGUUCCGUCAAUUCAGAGCUCCUCAAGAAUGGUUUCGUCAAAUUUGACCGUUUCGCCAGAAAGGGUGCCACCUAUGAAGCCAUGCAAGCCGAUCAACAACACGCCAAGUCUAAGAGACUCGGUAUCUGGAGUUAUGGUGAUGCUGGUAGUGAUGAUGAAGAUGAUUUUGUACGUAAACCACGUGGUGGAGGUCGUAGAAAGUAA